AUGGAGGUAAUGCUGUGUCUGCCACCUCUGGAUAUCCAUCUAAGAGAAGUGGCCUUGACAACCAUGCUUCACCUCAAGAACGUUUGUUUCAAACCGGAUGAGGAUGUGGAGAAGUUAGGAGUCACCUAUGGAAUGGAGUCGUCAGGGAGAUGCCCCUUUUGCAGACAGACACUGACAGUAUUUCUCCUCAGUUUGCAUUCGACAGACCCUACACCGUACUCAUUAAAAGAUGUAAUCAACGUCUUCACAGACGGAUCAAAAAGAAAGGAAAGUGCAGGAUGUGGGAUUUAUUCUAGAUCCUUGCAUAUCCGAUAUAAGUGGGCAAUGGAUAUGCAUGUGGUACAAACGGAAUCAGCAGGUAUAACCAUAGCCACUAAAGAAAUUGCCUGUAAGCAUACUGCGGGUGAAACCAUCAGAAUCUACACAGAUAGUAGACAAGCAUUACUGAUCUUACGUAAUCAUAAGAUAAUGACUAGGUUAGGAAUGCCACCAGGCACUGGUCAUGUCCUCAUUUUCCAACAGCAUAUCUUGAAAAUAUCCGGCAUCAAGACGUCUCCUUUACCGGCAGAAGACGUUACGGGCUACGGCGUGGGUGGCAGUCUGUUCCCCAACAUGAACAUGGCUGGGUACCUGAAGACGCCGACGGGUCCUCACGGGCCUUUCCCGCCGCAUCCUUCCCUGGGCAAUGGGUUGAUCAUGCCCGGACUGGGAGCGUUCGGGCCAACCCACCCCCUGGAACCCGUUCCUUUCCCACAAGUUUAUUCCUAUUUUGCAGGUGUGAAUCCAAGAAAACAGAGGCGGGAGAGAACAACUUUCACAAGAGCCCAGUUAGACAUACUGGAAACGCUCUUUGAAAAAACUAGGUACCCCGAUAUCUUCAUGAGGGAAGAAGUCGCCUUGAAAAUAAAUUUACCGGAAUCUAGAGUCCAGGUAUGGUUCAAAAAUCGUCGCGCAAAAUGCAGGCAACAAUCCCUACAAAACAAAACGAACAACAGGACAGCCUUGGCGACGAAAGCAAAACCUAGCAAACAGUCACCUGUCCCGCCCGUGCAAACAUCUGCAGCUUCGUCAGCCAAUAUUCCGACGGCGUCCAACAUCAUGACGCCAGCCACCAACCUCCCAACUCCAUCGACAUCGGUGUCGCCGCCUGUGAAGAAGGAAUCUCCCCAGAUCCAGAACUUCAAGAGCAACGGUAACCUGACGCCUCUUGGAAGUAACAAUUCUAGUGUCAUGACAACCCCCUCGCCCCCCAUGACCCCUGGCAGCAUUCCGUCCGUAAGUUACCAGCCAGAAAACUACAAUUCUUUCAAUUGGCACUCAAACGGACACAACACCUCCCCCCACCACUACUACGGACAGAACUACAACGCCGCUUAUUACAGUCAGAUGGACUAUUUCGCCCAACAGAAUUCUCAAAAUCAAGUGUCAUGCAAUCACAUGGGGGGAACUUACCAUCAGAUGAGUGCCUAUCCUGGUAUGUCAAUGUCUGCUUCUACGCAUUCACAAAAUUUCAAUCCCCGAUAUCCAGCGGACUGUAGUUUGGACUAUUCAAAUCAAAUGGUUUAA